AUGAAUGAUGACUCUUAAAUAGAAACAUACCAGUUUUAAAUAAACUUAAACAAUUUUGAGAUAGAUUCUUACUUUGCCUAUGGUUUAUGGAGCAGAUAUACUCCUUUAGGGAAUAUAGCUUAAGUAGGAUCGAUUGGAAUAUUAGAAAGUAAUUGUUUUCAUCUUCAUAAUGCUGUAUAACAAUCAACCAAAGAGUUAAAUUUAAUUGUUUAUGAUUGUCUCAACUAUGAAAAAUAAACAAUUGUAAGAAGAAUUCAAUUUAUUACAAUUGAUGAGAACUGGCAUUAAUAUGAAGUAUAAUUAGAUAAUUAAAAUUAUGAAUAUAUUUGGCAUUACUUUGAAAUUACCUAAUGGCCUUUGAGAAAAAGAUUUGAAUUAUUAAUUAUUCAAUAUCCUGAAAUUAAAUUAUAUUAGAUUGAAGAAGAUGUAUUGUAUCCAUAUAAAGACACUGAUUUACUCUUAACUUUUGGAGGAGGCUUAUAAAUAUAAUCAUAAAAUACUAUUUAGAUUUUAAAUGGAAUUUCAACAAUGUCAUUUUUUCCAGGUAAUUUUAUUUUAUAUCCAUUAUCAAUUGAUAUAAUGUCAAUUACAAGAUAAGCAGCAAAUAUUGCAUUAAGCACAUUUUAAUUUAGAUCAUAAUGCUUUUGUAAUUAAAAUUGGCAAACAGAUUUGAUAAAUUAAGAGUUAACUUGGUUAGAUAAUAUAAUAUUUCCCUCUUAAUAUCCUAAUUGUAAUUCAUUUUAAUUAAAAACUUGGAUUAAAAUUACAAAUAUUCACCAAACAUCAUAAGAGUUUUAAUAUUAAAUUAUAAAGUUAUCUGCUAACUUUGAAAAUACUUAAUUAACUGAUGAUAAUUUGUCUACCUUUUAAUUAUUUUAUAAGUUUAAUUAAUUAAAAACUUAACUGAUUUUUACUACUUAUAGUUAUACCUUUCCUAUUGUAUCUAUUAAUUUUUAAAAUGAUCCAUUUUUAAUAAGAAAAGAAUUUGAUCUUAUAAACGAUAUCAAACUUUGGCAUUAUGUUUAAGUGAUAUUAAAAGAUAAUUAAUUAACAAUAUCAAUAAUAUUCUAUGGAGAAUUUACUCAUUUUGAUUAUAAAACUAUAUUGACAGUAAAUUAAUUUAAUUUGAUGAAAUUAAAAUUAUAAUAUGGAAAUAUAUUAUAAAGUACCAAUAACUAUUUAACUGUUAAAUUUGUAGAUUCAUCUUUUGUAAAUUGUGUUGAUAAUGACGUAAUACUUGAACUAAAUUGUCAUUUUAGUUGCUAAGAAUGUGAUGGACCAACAAAUUAAGAUUGUUUAUCUUGUUCUAAAGAAUCAAAUCGUAUUUAUAAACCUUAGCAAAAGUCUUGUGUUUGUCCAUAUAAUACUAUUGAUGAUUAAUAAUGUAAGGAUUUUUAAAGUUAUAAUUUUAUCAUUGUAAAUGAAAAUGUAAACAAUUAAAAAUGUCUUCAAGGAUAUUUUUAAUUUGAAUAAAAAUGUAUAAAAUGGUAAUUUAAAUCUUUAUAUCUAGUCCCUCUAUUAUAAGUAAUAUAAUCACAACAUGUUUAGAAUGUAUUUAUUAACCUGAAAGUUGGGCAAGUGAUCCAUUUUGCAAAACAAAUAUUUUUAAUGAUGUUUAAGGGACAGUCACUUAGUUUUUAUAAACUUAAUAAUAAUAUUAUAUUUUUGAUGGUAAUGAGAUUAUACCAAGAUAAAUUUAAAAUUCAAUACUAAUAAAUGAAGAUCUUAUUAACGAAUUAGAAUUAGUAUCAUUAUAAUUUAGGAGUUUAUGUUUUCGAUCCUAAUCUCCUUAAGCAAUUUGGAGAAGUGAGAAAGAAUGUUUUAAUUGUGCAUUGGAAAAUUGCUUUAUUUGUUAGAUUACUGCAUCAAAAACAGUAUGCUUGAAAUGUGAUUAUUUUUCAGAACUUAAAGAUGGAAUUUGUGUUAUUACAGGAAUGAUUGGGGGAAUUGAAAUCAAUAAGUGUCUUGCUCCUUAUUAUAUUACUUCAACUUAUUAAUGUAAAUUAUGCAAUAUUGAAAAUUGUUAAUAUUGUUUUGAAUAUUUAAGUAAUGAUUUAACUAAAUGUACUCUAUAUAAGUAUUUUGAAUAAUUUGAUUUUAAUGAAUAUCAUCAAAUAGGAUGUGCAUUAUGCAAAGAUGGUUUUAUUUUUGAUUUCAUUUAAGGUAUAUGUAAAUAUCAAAAACCAUAUAUAAAUAAUUGCAUUAGAUCUUAUAUAAAUUUAUAAGGAUAUGAAAUAUGUACUCUAUCUAAAGAAGAUAAUUUUAAUAUUGCUCCUGAAAUUAUUGGUUGCAAUAAAUAUAUAUCCUAUUGUAAAUAAUGUUUAUAAACUCCUUAAAAAGUAAUCAAAUGUAUAUUGUGUGAAGAUGGUUAUACAACUUCAUUAACUACAGGAUCAUGUUAUAAAUGUUCUAUUGAGAAUUCUAAAAUAUGCAUUGAAGGUCAUUAUUAAUUAAAAGAUGAUUGGGUAUAAUUGAUUUAAAGCUUUUUAAUGUAAUUUUUACCUAAUCAAUAUUUGUAUCCUAAACCUAAUUCAUUUCGUUUCAUAGUUGAAUUACCAUUUGAAUGUUCACUAGGCUAUAAACCUGAUCCUUAUAGUAAUUGUAUCAAAUAUUGUGAUUCUGAUUGUUUAUAGUGUUUAUUGUCUUAAGAUCUUCCAUAUAGAUAUUAUUGUAAUGAAUGUCCAUUAAAUUAUUAUAAGUUACCAAUAAUUUCAUCAGAAUAAGGUAAAUGCAUUCAAUGUCCAUAAUUAUGUUAGUUAUGCUAAUCUAGAACUGAAUAAGAAAUCAAAGUAUUAUUAUAACUCAAAUUUAGAAUAUCAAUCCUUAUUUUAUAGUAACAGAUCAAACUAUUAUAUAUACUUAUAAAUGUCUUUAAAAAGCUCCAGAUAAUAAUAUAGUAAUUGAUCCUUAUACUAAAGUUGCUAAAUAUUGUGAAAAUUCUAUAUGUAUAGACAAUAUUAAAUAUCAAGUAAUCAUAAAUUAUGAUCUUAGUUUGAAGUUAAUUGUGAUAAUAAUUAAUUCAUUUUCUAAAAAGGAUUUCAAUAUGAUUAUUAUGAAUAGUAGAUUAAUCUCAAUUAUUCUAAUUAAUUAGGUAUAAAUAAAUUGACUAUAAUUUUUAAUUUUAUAUUGAUUUCUGAAGAAUCUUGCAAUUUUAUAGAUGAAACUAUUAUAUAGAAUUAAUUUAAAUAGAAUAUCUUUUCAAUUUAACAAGCACAAAUUUAAAUAAUAGGAAGUGAUAAAUAAAAUAAGGCAUUCCAAAGUAAAUUAAGAAUAUCAAAUUAUGAUACUGUAUAAAUCAUAAAUAUGUUAUUUUAUAUUAUGCCUGAAUCAUUUAUGUCUUUUGAUAAUUAUGAUGAUCCAAUUAAUUUAAUAAUUACUAAUACAACCAUAUUUGGAGAUAUUAAUUAAAUAUCAAAAUACUCAAUUAAUUUUACUAAAAGUAAUGAUUGUAUUUUAUAAAAUAUAUCUUUUACUAAUUUAAAUUUAAAUAAUUCUAUACUAUUUGAACAUACUUUAGGAAAUUCUAAUAAUUAAAUUUAAUUUUGGAAUAUUAUCAUAGAUAAUUGUAUAUUUUAAAAUUCAGUAUUAUUUUAAUUUAUUAAUUCUAAACAGAAUAUAAAAAUAAAUUAUAUAACUAUUAGUAAUUGCUAAUUUUAUAAUUCUACAAUAUUCAAUUUUAAUUCUACUGUUGAAGAUUAAAUUCAUAUCUUCUUUGAUGAUAUUACUAUUUAUAAUAAUUUAAUCAUACUAUCAACAUUUGUAUAAAAUACUUAAUAACUAUCAGUUUCCUUUAGAAAUAUUAUAUUUUCUUAAAAUAAUGUAUCCUAUUCAAAAAUAUUAGUUUUAACCAAUAAUCUAUAAAUCUAAAACACAUAUAUCAUCUAUAAUAAAUUCACUCAUUCUUAAUAUUUAUUUUAUAAUUCCUAAUUAAGAAAAGCAAAAGAUAUUUAUAUUUACACUUUAAGUGUCAAAUCCAAUGAUUUUACAAAUUCAUCAUUAUUAAAUUUACUAUCAAUAGAUUUUAAUGAUAAUUUGAAAGUUACCAUAAGUAAUAUAUUAUUAAAAAACAACAUUAGAUAACUAAUUUCUGAAUAAUUAUAUCUAUUUAGUUUGACUUGUUAAUAAAUAUUAAUUUAAAAUUGUACUAUAGAAUCAUCAAUAAAUCUACAUCAUUUUAAAUUAUUUGAUACAUAAUCAAUUAAAAUUGAGAACAUAACUUACUUAAAUUUAUAAUAAGUUUAAUAAGUACCUUAUUCAUUUGAAUGUAUUAAUAGUAAUGAUAAAUCUUCAUAAUUACUAUAUGUUUCAGGAUUUUAGAAACUUUUCAUUUAAAAAAUUUGGAUUUAUAAUUAAUUUAGUAUCGAUAUUUCUUUAGUUCAUAUACUUUCAAACAUUUUGUAUUAACCAAAUGUAAAAGAAAUAAUUGAAAUCAAGGAUGCUUUAUUUUAAGGAAAUAUAUUAUUAAAACAAAAUUUAGGUAGUAUUUUUUCGUAAAUAUUGAUAUAUUCAGAAAAAUUAUAAGAAAUUCGACUAGAAAAUAUUAUUUUUUAAGAAGACUUUUUUAACGAAUAAAUUGAUGAUCCAUCAUAAACCUCAGCUGGACUUUUAUUCAUUAAUUCCUAAUAAAGUAAUGUGUUUAUAAACAAUAUUACAUGCUAAUAAAAUGCAAUAACUAAUUCUUCCAAUUCAUUUAUUUAUAUCAACUCAAUAUCUGUUUAGAUUUAAUAUAUUAGAAUAAAGAAUCAUAACUAUUUAAAUUACACUAUUUGGUAAAAAUAUUAUACUAUUCCCUUAUCAAAUUAAAACAAUUAAGAUGAAAUCAAUUUAAUAAUAUCUUCUAUAUAUACUAUUUAAAAUAAAGGAGGGGCAAUGUCUAUAACUUCUUCCUAUAUUAAUAUUACUUAAGGUCAAUUCACUUAGAUAUAUUCUUAAAGCAGUUCAAUCUUUGACAUUAAAACCUAAGGUUUAGGUAUUGUUAAGUUUGAAUCACUCUAUAUUAGUUAAGCUGAAGUUGAUUUAGUAUCAUCAACUGAGACACAAGGUUGUGUUAGUAUAUACUCUAAAAACAGUCAGUUAAAUUUAUAAAUUAAAAAUGUAUAAUUUUAGAAUGUCUUUAACAGAUUGAGUUCUUCAAUUUUGUCAAUUAUUCCAUCACAAAAAUAUAAUAAGAUUGAUAUUCAUAAUGUAAUAUUAGAAAAUUGUUUGUCAUUAAAUAAUCAAUUCAUGAAAAUUGAAUUUUCUUAAUAAAAGUAAGAUCAUAAUUUAGUUAUAAUUGAAAAUUUAUCUAUUUAUUAAUCUAAUUAAGAUUGGAUAGAUUAUUUCAAUAAAAUAGAUCCAAUUAGUUUAAGUGAAAUGAAUAAAAUUAAUAUUGAUAAUGCUCUUAUUAAUUUAAAUGGAUGCUAACUUAUAAUUAAAGAAUUAAUAUCAGAAGGAAUAUUUAUUUCUCCUAUUUUAAAAAUUAUAGAAUCUUAAAAGAUAUAAAUUACAAAUUGCAAAGUACAUUCUAUUAAGACUUUUUAUUCAUUUAGUAUUUUAUAUUUUGGAUAAACUAAAACAAUUAAAUCCUCUAUAUUUUUAGAAGGUAUUUCCAUAAAAAAUAUAACAAUAUAUUAAUUAAAUAAUGAGGAUAUAAUCUAAUAAAAAGAUUUUCAGAUUAAAUUUAAUUUUAAUAAAUGUACUAUUUAAAAAAGUAUUUCAACAAAUGAAAUUUCAUCAAGUCAUUCUUUUUAAUCAAUUUUAUAAUAUUUAAAUUAAAAUAUAUCUUAAAAAGGAUCUUUAAUUUUUAUUUAGAGUAUUUCAAAUGAAAAUUUAAUAAAUCUUAAAUCUUUUAGUAUAAUGUAAAAUAAUUAAUCAGGAAAUUUACAUGGAUUAAUUUAUUUUGAUCUAUCUGGUUUCUAAGUUUUAAAGAUUGUAGAAGUUAAUUUCAUAUAGAAUAAAAUAGAUUAAGUAGGAUGUCUUAACUUUAUUGCAAAUAAAAACUUAGAAAAUAAAAUUAUUAUAAUAAAUUCCAAAUUUAUACUUAAUAAUGGUACAUAUGGUUCUGCCAUUUAUGCAAAAUAAGUAAUAAUCUAAAUUAAAAAUUGUUAAUUUAUAAAGAAUAUUGCAGGAUAACAUGGUGGAGCAAUUUAUAUGGAGAAUUGUAGUAACAAUUUUAGAAUUACUAAUUCCUUAAUAUUGGAUAAUAAAGCUAAAGAAGGAGGUGGAAUAUAUUUUAAUGGAAAUAAUCAUAUAAAUAAAAAUAAUAUAAAAGAUUCUUUAAUUAAAUUGAAUUCUGCUGAAAAAUUAACAGAUAAUAUUGUAGAAUUACCACAUCAUUUAACUUUAACAGUAAAUUCUUAUGAAAUGUUAUCUUCCUAAUAUAUAACUGAAAAUAUGAUUACAAAUAUACUUAAAUUAAAUUCUUAUAAAAUUAUAGAAUAAGGCUAAUUAUUAGAAACAAAUUAUCUUUAUCUACCUAGUAAUCAACAAAUUGACAAUUUCAAAUUAUAUAAUCCAAAUAAUGAAGGAUUUUUGUCUUACAUUUAUGAGUUAUCUAUGUAUUUCUAAAACAGUUUAAAUGAAAAAGUAAAUAAUUUUAUUAAUUUCACUUGCAAUUUAUAAAUGUUGACAUUAACAUAAAGUAAUUAAUCAAUUAAAGAUCCUAAACCUAUUUAAUUAUUAACUUAUGAUUUAAAAACUAGUACUUAUGAUUUAUCAUAAUUUUCUUUUACUUUUGAUCCUUAUAAGAAUAUUGAUGAACUUCUUUUAGUCUAAAUAAAUUGCUCAACAUAAUAAAAUACAAAUAAUUUGAGAUACAUUUUUAAAGCAAAAACUUUCAAAUGUCAAUUAGGAGAAUUUUAUAUUAAUGACGGUUGUUAAUUAUGUCAACCAAAUUAAGGAUUUUAUUCAGUUACUUAUAAUGCUACAAAAUGUUCAAUAUUUGAUAAGGCAAAGUUUUAGAACAUCACUUCUAAUAAAAUUUAAUUAUUAGAAGGAUUUUGGAGACCAAAUAUAUUGUCAGACUUAACUGAAUAAUGCUUAUAAUGUAAAAAUUGCUGUAUAGGAGGUUGGGGAGUUGGAAAUAGUCUUUGUGUGUUAGGACAUAUAGGUGGUUUAUGUGAGGAAUGUGAUAAUUACAAUAUUUAAGGAAAUGGACAUUAUUUUAAAAUUUUGUAGAAUUCAUCUUGUUCUAAAUGCUAUUAUUUUUUUUAAGGUUUAGUUCCAUUUCUUAUGUCUUCAGUAUGGUAAUUGCUUAAAUUAAAAUAGGGGUGUUUUGUAGAUUCUAUUGACAUUAAGAAGUAUAGAUAGAUCUAAUCAAUUAUUUUCAUCAUUAAAAUUAAAAUAAAAGUUUGGAAAGAUACUCUUUAAAUUAAAUUAAGGUAUUAAUAAUAGUAUUUUAGAUCAUGAAAGUAUAAUGAUAAAAAUGUUACUUAAUUAUUUAUGGAUUUUCUCUAUUAUUUUUACUUUUAAUAUUUCUUUUUCUUUUUCUUUUGAUUUUGUUGAUUAAGCAUGUAAUACUUCUUUUUUUAUGGCAAAUAGUUUAGAUUGUUAUCUAAUACAAAUAUAAGAUAUAUAAGUUAAUUAUUCAAGAAUUAUAACUUAAUUUAUUCUAAUAUUUGCUCAAUUACUAUUAAUUUGUGGAAGUUUCAAAGUUCAUUCUAUAGCUACUAAAAAUAAAUUUAAUAAAAGUAUUGUAUCAAAUACAGCUCUUUAUCUUUAUCUUUCCAAUUUUGCUGCAAUAAUUAAAUAGUAAUAUUUUGAAUACAUUUAGAUUCUUUUCAUUAUUAGCAAAAAGGAAAAUUUCAAAUAUUGAUUACAUUUAAGGAAAUGUUUCACUAUAAUUUAAUACAUAAUCACAUGAAAGGUGGAUAUAUUUUUUUAUUUUACCAGGAUUAGGAUUGAUAGGAUGUUUAAUACCAUUUAUUUUGUUUUCUUUAAUGUUUCUUAUGAGAAAAAAACUUGAUUUAAUUAAAAUUAGAAGACACAUCUGUUAUAUGUUUAAUGAAUAUAAUGAUGAAAGUUUCUUUUGGGAAUUUGUUAAAAUUUGGAAAAAAACAAUAUUAAUUAGUAUUCUAACAUAUUUUGAAUCCAAUAUAUUUUUAAAGGCUUCACUCAUAGGAUUAUGUUUAUUAUUUUAUUAAUUAUUGGCUCUCAAAAUCAAACCAUAUAUUAUUAAAAGUUUAAAUUUACUUGAUAUUUCUACUGAUUAAAUUUGUUCAAUUACAAUAUUUUUGGCAGCAGUAAAAUAUGUUAGUGAAUAAGAACAAAAUAAUGUUUAAUCAGUUUUGCUUUAAGUGCUUAUUGCUAUACUAUGUAUUAAGCUUUGUUACCCUUUUUUAUAAGAUAUUUUUAGGGUUUACUAUAAAAAAUAUAAGAUAAUAUAUCUUACUUAUUUAAUAAAGAUAUUUAAGUAUAUAAAGCCUAAUUCCUUUUUUGUUGUUUAUUUAAACUAAUAAUUGAUGAAUUGGAAGGAUAAGGAAGUAUAAUUAUAAAAGAAUUACUUAAAACUUAAAUAAUAUUUAUUUAAUGUAUCAAGAACUUACUCUUAACAAUAAAAGUAAGUAUCUUGUUAAUUUAAUUAGAUAAAUACAAUCUAUUCUUUCUCCAUCAUAAACUUAAAGGAAUAGAUUAACCAGCAAGGAUAAUGAAAUUAAAAUAUUAUUAAUAUCAGAUAGAGAUUGA